GGCCAAGUUCCAACCCACCAUUGGGGUCUCCUCGGUUUCCAUAGGGCUAUGAUUUUACCCGGUCCCUAGACUUUUGUUAAUGUCUUUCCGUUCGCCAUCUCGAGGAAUUGAAUCGAUACAGUGAUUCUCUUAGUGUGACUGGUCUUGUUCUUGUUGCCAUUCUUUCUUUUUCUUCAACUUGAUACGGCACGGUAGGAUCAUCAUAUCCAAGAGAUUCUGCAUACCAACGGUGUCGCUGUUCAUUCCUCCAGUUCAUUCGGAUCCUGCUACCCAAAAUGUCCACCAGUUUAUGUUUACGAGCGGCGAGAGCUUAUACCAGGAAUAGUAGGAAGGUAGCCCAUCCAUAUACUUUCUAUUCCGUACAUACCUCUAAUGUGGUUUCUAGCAAUCAUUAUUGUUCGCUCGCACAUUUGCAUCGACCUCCUCUCGCAAUGAAAUCAACAAAGUCUUUCCGUCGGCUUCCGAGGCUCUUAAAGACAUGAAGUCAGAAAGCACAGUUCUAUGCGGAGGCUUCGGUCUAUGUGGUGUCCCAGAUACCCUCAUUGAUGAAGUCGUCAGACGACCGGAGCUCAACGGUCUUACCGCAGUUUCGAAUAAUGCUGGCACAGAUAAAUCCGGUCUCGGGAAAUUGUUGAAAACGAAACAGAUCAAGAAAAUGAUUGCGAGUUAUAUAGGGGAGAACAAAACUUUUGAGAAAAUGUACCUAACGGGAGAAGUGGAGUUGGAGUUAACACCACAAGGAACUCUGGCGGAGAGAUGUGCUUCGGGUGGUAAAGGUAUACCUGCUUUCUACACACCUGCCGGAUUUGGUACGGUUGUACAAACUGGUGAGCUGCCACUUCGUAACAAUCCAGAUGGUACGCCAAAGGAGCUGUCCUAUCCCAAGGAUGUAAAGGUCUUCCACGGCAAACCAUAUCUUUUGGAAGAGAGUAUUCGAGGCGACUACGCAUUUGUGAAAGCGUGGAAAGCAGACAAGCUUGGAAAUUGUCAAUUUCGGCUGGCAGCGAACAAUUUCAAUGGUGCUAUGGGGAGAAACGCACAAAUGACAAUUGUUGAAGCAGAAAAUAUUGUUGAGCCAGGAGACAUUCCACCGGAAGCAGUGCAUCUCCCGGGAAUUUAUGUCAAAAGAGUUAUUCAGUCCACAACGCCCAAAGACAUUGAGAAAUUCACUUUCGCAAAAGAUCCAAAUGACCCAGCGGCGAAGAGUGCUUGUAAGUUUAAUGAGUUCACUAAAUCCUUUUUUUUUGUACUAGUUUAUCCCCUUCCUCGAUUCAAUGCCCCUUUUAUGUUUCAUUAUGUACACUCCACCUGCUGCCCAUUACAGCUCCAAUUUCCAUGUCUCUCAUAUCCCCGAAUUGUUUUUCAAUAGGCAAUAAUACUGAUAUUCCGAUCUUGCAGUGGGUAGCGGUGAUACUGCUGCGAAGCGAGAGAGAAUCGUCAGGCGCGCCGCCAAAGAAUUCAAAAAUGGAAUGUACGCCAAUCUCGGCAUAGGAAUGCCCAUGCUUGCGCCGUCUUUCGUGGGCCCAGAAGUCGAGGUGCAGCUACAAUCAGAAAAUGGCAUAUUAGGAUUAGGUCCUUACCCUCAAAAAGGUUUGGAGGACCCGGAUCUCAUUAAUGCUGGCAAAGAGACCGUGACACUCAAUCCUGGUGCCGCGGUUUUCGGUAGCGAGGAGAGUUUUGGCAUGAUCCGAUCCGGACGAGUAAACUUGACUAUCUUGGGAGCUAUGCAAGUAAGUGGGAAUGGCGACCUUGCGAAUUGGAUGCUACCUGGAAAGAUAAAGGGUUUUGGAGGGGCGAUGGAUUUAGUCAGCAAUCCUUCAAUGACGAAGGUCGUGGUAACCAUGGAGCAUUGCGAUAAGAAAGGAAAUGCGAAGAUUGUGAAGCAGUGCGAGUUCCCUCUAACCGGAAAAGCUUGUGUUUCGAGGAUAAUUACCGAGCUAGUAAGUGGCUUGCCACCCCUGCCGUCGGUGUUGUGAUUAUCUGAUGAAUAGUGGCCGGUAGCAAGAGAAAACAUCACUGACGAACUUAUAGGGUGUAUUUGACGUCGAUUUCACUAAAGGUCUUACUCUGAUCGAAAUUGCAGAUGGAGUAACAGUGGAGGAGAUUAAGAGAAAGACAGAUGCACCGUUUAUCGUAGCAGGUGAUCUAAAAUCAAUGCUGUGAAUCAAAAAGUAGAGUAAUGUAUAAAAGCAUUUGGAGCCUAGCGACAUUCGAUAUCCGUUGUGGUGCGAUGCCGAACUUUGGUUGAAUCUUUUACUGUAGACAAGUGACGAGUGCAGUACUUCAGAGGGUCGAUCACCGACCUAUGGAGGAUUGCAAGCAUCUAAAUAUUAAGCGUAAGACCUAUGGAGAUUCAUGUGUGGGAUAGGCAGAGGGGCCAUCUUAUCAGCACACGAGAACAGGAAGGAAGUGGUAUUAAUGUCGUUUGAUCCGGAAAUCCGGCCUGAGAGAAAGAAGACCCCUAUUCCGAAAAUAACGAAUUUAUAUUGCAAAACAGAGAGAUAUUGUAAAAGGGGUAGGUCGAGAUACGUGCGUCCCGAUAGCACGCUAUGAAGGGGAAUUGGAAAAGGAAGCUAAUUAGACUACAAUGUAAUAUAUCAUUUAUGGAGAAAAUAGGUUUCACAAUGGAUUUGGGGUUGAAGCUAUAUAGAUUCAAUU